AUGACAGCAACGACGAUAAAGGACGAAGCAUCCGAGUCAAGUACGCGUCUGUAUGUACAAAAACUUCCUGCCUACGUGGAUUCUGCAAGAUUACGUGAACACUUUGAAGCGCAGGGAGAGGUAACAGAUGCUUGCGUAAUCCGCACCAAGGAUGGCAGCAAGUCUCGACGCUUUGGUUUUGUAGGCUUUAAGAGUGAAAAACAGGCAGAACAAGCACGAAAAUUCUUUCAUAAAAGCUUCUUUGAUACAUGCAGGAUUGAUGUGCACGUGGCGCUGUUGCGCAAUUCAGACGAGAUUGAUCGACCAUGGAGUAAAUACUCAGCGGGAAGUGGGCGCUAUCAGAAGCUGCACGCGGUGUCAGGGGUCGUAACAACCUCUUCCACAGAAAAGAAGACAUCUCCUGAGAAGAGGAGGAAGAUGACUGUGAAGCAGGAAAAAGUGAGCGGAGAUUUUCAAGAGUUUAUUGAGACGAUGCAAGCUCGAUCAAAGACCAAAUUUUGGGCCAACGAUGACAUUCAAGGGCCGGUAGACGGGAAAGCGGGCUCCAAAACAGGUGCGGAUAUUGCCGAGGCAGAGGAUAGUGAUGAUGAAUACCAAGAUAUAGGCGCAAUCAAGCCUGAUGAUGAUAAAGAGGAUAAGAAUGAUGCCAAAAAUGAAAAGCAAAACGGACAGUUGGAAGUGAUGUCAGACAUGGACUUCUUGCGGUCUAAGAUGAGCAAAAAUAUUGACAAGGAUAGCGAUGAUAGAGACAGCGAUGACGACAUUGAUGGUGGCGAAGGUAGAGGAUAUGACAAGGAGUCUGCCUGCUGCAAGAAAACUGUAGCACUUGAUGAAGCGGAGGUUAUUACGGAAGAUGGCAAACCUACUGCUCGUUUAUUUGUACGGAAUCUUCCAUUUACAGCUGUGGAGGAGGAUCUUAAGACUUUGUGCUCUUCGUAUGGCCCGGUGGAGGAAGUACACUUGCCGCUGGAUGAGACCCGUCGACGCAAGGGCUACGGCUUUGUUCUUUUUCGUACAACAGUAGACGCCCAAGCAGCUUGCACAGCCUUAAACGGUAUGGCGUUUCAGGGGCGGCGCUUGCAUGUGAUUUAUGCGCGCUCAAAGCCUGUCAAACUUGACCCAAAGGCAACCCUCGCAGAUCCGGACUUGACGUACAAGCAACGUAAGGAGUUGGAGCGUCAGAUUCAAGCUCAAAAGAAAACAGGCUGGAAUGCGUCUUACAUUCGCGGAGACGCAACUGUGGGCUCGCUUGCCGAGCGCAUGGGUGUGAAGCGCGGUGAGAUCAUGGACAAAGAACAGGGAAACAUGGCUGUGCGUUUAGCUAUUGGAGAAACCAUGUUAGUGAAGGAAAACAAAGACUUUUUUGCACGUGAAGGUCUGGACUUAGACGUCAUUGAGGGUGCGCUUGUAAAGAAGCCGAGCCAGCAGCAGUCCAAGAAAAUUGAGCGAAGCACGUCUGUUAUUCUGAUUAAAAAUCUACCACAUACUGCCGAGGAGGAAGAGUUAGCACAGCUUUUCCGAAAGCACGGUGAGAUUGGUCGCUUUCUUUUGCCACCAUCAAAAACGCUAGCAGUUGUCGAAUUUCUGGAGCCUUCAGAAGCACGCAAAGCCUUUCGUUCACUCGCCUACAAAAAGUAUCAGCAUGUGCCGCUUUAUCUGGAGUGGGCUCCUGUCAAAUUGCUCGACCAAUCUGCUUCUGCUUCUUCGAGUGCCAAAGAAUCUGUAUCCGACCAGAAAGGUAUCAUAACUACCUCAGCUAUCGUGCCUGAUGUCGACGACGAUGGUGAUACCGCUGUGGGUGAUGCAUGUCACACUAUUUGUGCAAAGAACUUGAAUUUCUCCACGAAGGAGGCCGAUCUAGAGAAGGUUUUUGCACGCUGUGGUAAGCUACGCAAGGUCACCGUCGCCCGCCGAAAAGACCCAAAGCGAGGUAUGCUGUCAAUGGGUUUUGGCUUUGUAGAGUAUGUGGAUGCCAAGGACACGGAGCGUGCGUUGCAAAAGCUUCAGAGCGUUGUUGUGGAUGGUCAUGCGCUGAACUUGAAGCUUUCUCAGAAAAAGGCAUCAGCGGCUCCAAAGCGUGCGGCUGGUGAGGGCGACGGUUGCAAGUCAAAGAUCAUUGUUCGCAACGUAGCAUUCGAGGCAACGAGCAACGAAAUUCGUGAGCUGUUUGGUGCAUUUGGUCAGCUUAAGCGUGUGCGUAUGCCAAAAAAGUUUGACGGCAGACACCGCGGUUUUGCCUUUGUGGAGUUUCUCACAGAGCAAGAAGCUCGAAAUGCAUUUUCAGCUCUUGCCAGCUCGCAUUUGUACGGUCGACAUCUUGUACUUGAGUGGGCAGAGGAUGCAGGCGACAUUGAUACCUUGCGAGCCAAAGCCACGCGUGACCUGAGUGCUAUCAACGAUAGCGACCGCCGCAAGCGCAUGAAGCGACAGAAAGAGGAUGACGAUGAGGAGAUGGAUUUCUGA